AUGGCCGAUCUUCGCGCCCUUGCUAAGAGUGAGCGACGUGUGCUGAAUACGCUGGAAGGACUGGAGAAUUUCGCGCGGAGAUACGAUCCCAGCCAGGACGAACCACAAAUUGCAGUGCGCCUGGAAUCCCUGGAGGCAAUCUGCAAGGAGUUUUACGCGAUUCGGCAACGAAUUGAGCUGCUAACGGACGAAACCGCUGAGGAUGAGGACGACAAGGAUGUCCAAGUGCGUGAAAAGGCCAACCUGGCGGCGCUUACCGAGUUCGAGGAGCGGUAUUUUCGCUUAAAGGCCAGUCUCACAUCGAAGCGAGCUCCCCCACCACCAAUCGCGACGACGUCCGGAAUCGGUCAACCUGGUGACCAAUCAGAAUCCUCUUUUUCAAAGGUGAAGCUACCAGAGAUUCGCCUUCCAUCGUUUGGUGGGAGGAUUAGGGAGUGGAUCCCGUUUCGAGACAGCUUUUGCAGCCUGAUCCAUGAGAACAAGCAGCUCAACGACAUGGACAGGUUCAGUUAUUUGAAGUUGGCUCUUUCCGGAGAAGCGUUGCAGGAGAUCGAGUCCGUGGAGCUUUCAGCUGCGAACUAUAGCGUGGCGUGGAAGGCGCUGGAAUCCCGCUACGAGAACAAGAAACUAAUAGUGAAGGCCCACCUCGAUGCUCUUUUCGCCGUGGAAGGCAUGAAACGCGAGUGUUACGACGGCUUGAGCAACCUAAUCGGCGGGUUCGAGAAAAACCUCCAGAUGCUGCAGAAGAUUGGAGAAGACACCGCUGCGUGGAGCACAAUUCUGGCCUACAUGGUGUAUUCCCGGCUGGAUCCUGCUACGUUACGGCAGUGGGAAACGCACCAUAACUCCAAAGACGUACCAACGUACCAGAACAUGCUCGCAUUCCUACGCAGCCAUUGUGCAGUACUACAAUCCGUCGCUCCCGUGAGUUCGAAGCCGAGCAGCUCCGACUAUCGCUCAUCGAAGCCAUCCGUGUGCCAUACCACCGUCAAACCGUCGAGGAAGUGCCCAUUCUGUGGAGAUUCGUGGCAUCCCGCCUUCGUCUGUGGAAAGUUUCAGCGGUUACAAGUUGCGGAGCGCCUCGAAGUUGUUUCCAAAGCAAGGCUGUGUCGGAACUGUCUUAGCCUUGGCCAUUGGGCCCGAUACUGCGACAAGGGAACCUGCCGUCACUGCCAGCAGAAGCACCACACUCUUCUGCAUGGAGCACCAAUCCGAUCCUCCGUUCCACAAUCGCAGUCAAACCCUCCGACACAAACCAGACAACAGCCACAAUCCUCGCAACCAAGACCGAACCCGAGACCACAGACAUCAAACGCUAGCAACACUACACCCAGCAACUCUCAACGACCUAGCACUCAGUCACCAGCCACCAACACUGCCACAUCCACCACUCAAACACACAUUGCACUCCCAGUUACUCCCACACACAACAUUCUGCUCUCCACCGCCCUUGUGAGGGUCCAAGAUCGUCACGGCAAUACUAUGCUAGCACGAGCCCUGCUGGAUUCGUGUUCCCAGCACUGCCUGAUGACGAAAGAGUUCUCCAGCAGAAUGCAUUUCCACGCGUCGCCAUCACUUCUCUCCGUUCAAGGGAUCGGUUCGUCGAUCAGCACGUCGACGAAACUCGUCAGCGCUGUAGUUCGGCCAAGGUUGGAGGACAUGUCUGCUUUCUCGCAAGAGAUGCAUUUCAACGUUCUCCCGCGGCUGACUGUUUCGCUACCGACAGCCAGAUGUAGCAUCAGCGGAUGGAACCUUCCCGAAGCAGCCUUCCUCGCCGAUCCGCGUUUCCACGAACCAGGACCGGUAGACAUCAUAAUCGGAGCAGAGUAUUACAUGGACCUGCUUCGAAGCGAGCGACACAAGGCGACUGAAGAUGGACCUACGCUACAGAAUACUGAGUUUGGCUGGAUCGUCUCCGGCAAGAUACCCGAUCGCCCUGUCGGUGGAUCGCCAUCCUUGACUUUCGUCUGCUCCACGAACGAUCUUCAAGACCAGCUCACGAAGUUCUGGGACCUAGAAACCUGUCGAAGUCACAGUACGCAGUCACUGGAAGAGUCAGCUUGCGAGGCGUAUUUCAACCGGACAACCGUACGAGACGAGACUGGCAGAUUCAUUGUGACCCUGCCGAAGAAGGAGAGUGUAAUCAGUCGGCUAGGUUAUUCCGAGACAACAGCGAUCAAGCGACUGAUGGGAAUGGAAAGACGAUUCGCAGCUAAUCCCGAGCUGAAAGCGAUGUACGCCGAGUUCAUUCGCGAAUACCUCGAGCUAGGGCACAUGAAGGAAGUGGAAGGCGAUGCUGAAGAAGUCAGGAGGUACUUUCUGCCGCACCACGCAGUUCUGAAACCGGACAGUACGACCACAAAACUGCGAGUGGUUUUUGAUGCUUCGUGCCAGACGUCGACCGGUGUUUCCUUGAACGAUGCGUUGAUGGUUGGUCCCGUCGUGCAGGACGACCUAUCCAGCAUCUGUCUACGGUUCCGAACACACCGCAUAGCCGUGAACGCCGACAUUGCCAAGAUGUACCGUAUGAUCCGAGUCCAGCCCCAAGAUUACCCGUUGCAGAGCAUCAAGUGGCGGAACGAUCCAAGUGAACCGCUUCGGACGUACGAGUUGACUACUGUCACGUACGGCACCUCGUCCGCUCCAUACCUGGCUACAAAAUGCCUACAGCGUCUCGCUGAAGACGGAAAGGCGCCACACCCCGUAGCGUCUGAAGUCAUCGAGAAAGACUUCUACGUGGACGACAUGCUCACAGGAGUUGACACAGUUGACGAAGGUCGGCAGCUGGUGAAGGAAGUCAUCGAGCUGUCGGAUUCAGCGGGUUUCACGUUACGAAAAUGGAACUCCAACAGCGCGGAGCUUCUCGAAGUCGUCCCGGAGAACUUGCGAGAUGAACGUUCCAUCCUCGCACUAGAUUCCGCCGAAACAGCGAUAAAAACCCUCGGUUUAGCGUGGGAACCAGCUACAGAUGUCUUCCGUUUUACCUUCCCCUCGUUCAACUGGACUGCGAUGAUCACGAAGCGCAUUGUAGUCUCCGACGUUUCGCGCCUAUUCGAUCCGCUAGGUCUGGUCGGACCUGUCAUCAUUCAGGCCAAGAUUUUCAUCCAGGAGCUGUGGAAGCAGAGUUGCGGCUGGGAUGACUCUCUGAGUCCCGAGUUACAGGAGCAAUGGCAGGAGUACAGACGAACCGGCGGUCAUGCUACUGCCAUCGAGCUACAUGGCUUCUGUGAUGCGUCAAACAAGGCGUACGGUGCUUGCUUCUACGUGCGAACCAUCUCCGAAACGGGGGAGGUGUGUGUGAGGUUGCUGACGGCGAAAUCACGAGUCGCCCCACUCGACAACCUGCAAAAGGGGAACAAGCGUCUCUCGACCCCACGGUUGGAGUUAUCGUCUGCGUUGCUGCUAGCCCACCUCUUCGAAAAGGUCGUGAGCAGCCUUGGCAUGCGUGCAAGGUGUUUCUUCUGGACGGACUCAACCAUCGUCAAGUGUUGGCUAUCGUCGUCGCCGUCAAGAUGGAAGCAGUUCGUCGCAAAUAGGGUUUCGGAGAUUCAGCACAUAACGAAGGACGGUGUCUGGAAUCACGUUGCUGGACUGCAGAAUCCGGCGGAUAUCAUUUCCCGCGGAAUGGCUCCCGUACAGCUGCAAUACGAAUCGCUCUGGUUCAGUGGGCCGUAUUGGCUAAGGUCGGACGAAUGCAACUGGCCAUCAGCCCCACCGAUCAGCGAAGACGAAUUCGAUCCGGUGGAUCUCGAGGUCAAGACCGUCUCGGCAGCACUUCCAGUCAUCCAACCAAGCGAUAUCUUCAGCCUCCGAUCAUCGUUCAGCGAACUCCAGCGCCUCACUGCCUGGAUAUUACGAUUCCGCUACAAUUCGCAAUCGGCCAACCGAAGUACGCGACGACAAGGACCCCUCAAGAAACUUGAGCUCGAGGAAGCGACAAAGGCGUUGGUUCGCCUCUGCCAGCAAGAAAGCUUUCCGCAGGAGUUGGCAGACCUGACGAGCGGCAGAGAAGUUAGAGAAUCGUCGAAGAUCCUAGCUCUAAACCCGAAACUCGAAGACGGAAUACUGUGCGUCGGCGGCCGGCUUCGUCACGCGUCAAUCGCGAACCGCCGCAAGCAUCCGUACAUCCUCGAUCAUCGACAUCCGUUCGCUUACAUCGUCGUCGCGCACUACCAUCGAAAGUUGCUGCAUGGCGGACAACAACUGAUCAUUUCGACCGUCCGAGAACGUUUCUGGCCGACAAGCGUCCGGAAUCUCGUGCGGAAGGUGCUUCACGAGUGCGUGCCCUGUUUUCGAGUCAGACCCAAGAUCCAGGAUCAGCUCAUGGCUGACCUUCCACCUGAAAGAGUCACUCCUUGUCCACCGUUUCAGCGCGUAGGAGUCGAUUACUGCGGCCCGUUUCAAGUCGCUUACCCGCACCGACGUUCUCGGCCAGUGAAGAUCUUCGUCACCGUCUACAUCUGCCUCGUUACCAAGGCUGUACACUUGGAGCUAGCGGCAGACUUGUCCGCUCAAGGUUUCAUUGCGACCUUGAAGCGCUUCUCCUCCCGGCGUGGCAAGCCGGAGUUAAUCAUGUGCGACAAUGGCAGAAACUUCGUUGGAGCGAGACGUCAACUAGACGAACUUCGUCGGCUGUUCAUCAACCAGCAAUUCCAGUCAGACGUAGUCAGGGAAGCGAACGAGGAGCAGAUAGAAUUCCGCUUUAUCCCAGCGCGGUCGCCAAACUUCGGCGGACUGUGGGAGUCAGCAGUCAAAUCGUUCAAGCUGCUGUUCAAACGGACGAUCGGCACGCACACGCUCCUGUACGACGAGAUGGCAACGAUUUUGGCCCAGGCGGAAGCAGUUCUGAAUUCGAGACCUCUGACGCCGCUCAGUAAUGACCCGGACGAUUUCGAAGCGUUAACUCCCGGGCAUUUCCUCAUUCAGCGUUCCCUCACGGCCAUUCCGGAACCAGAUCUGGAUGGAAUUCCCGAGAAUCGACUGUCAGCCUUCCAAAAGGCUCAACGGUACACACAGCAGUUGUGGAAAAACUGGUCCAAGCUUUACCUGUCGGACCUCCACAAUCGGACAAAAUGGACUGUACGUCGGAACAACGUUGCAGUAGGAACCAUGGUGGUCCUGAAGGAUGAAGAACGACCGCCUCUGAAAUGGCAGCUCGGCCGAGUGACAGACGUUCACGCUGGCGAUGACGGGAAUGUGCGGGUCGUAACGGUUAAGACCAAAGACGGCAGCUACCGCAGAGCAGUAUCAAAGAUCUGCGUGCUGCCCAUCCUCACGAUCGCCCCUGGCUCCGGUCAUCCGGAGCAGUCUCCGACCAAGAUUCCAAUCGAGCCUGUCAAGCGUACCCCUGUCAUUCGAGGUCUGUAUAGUUUCGGUGGUGGUCAGAUGUUGCAUGGAAUGAAGUUCGUCCAGCAUGAAUGCUUCAGCGGCGUCCAACGCCAGCGCUUCGGCGCCCCCAUCACCACCGAAAUUAGUCAGCCGAGCAGCCGAAGUUCCGAUGGCAAACCGCCAUCCCAGCACGACAUUCCGUCGUCGCAGUUCCAGUCAGCAGUUCCGACGGCAGUCCCGUCCCAGCACGACAAUCCGUCGUCGCAGAUCCGCAGUCACUAG